GAACACCGCAAAAUGCAAUAGUAGGCUGACUAAUAUGCCAAGACAAGAAGCACUCGGCUAACCUGCCUUGACUUUGCGAUUGAAAUGACUUCACUCUGCAGGCCGUUGUUUUUCUCCCCAGGAGUUCUUCUGCCCCUCCAAAUCAAGAUGAUGAGAUGUCUUUGCCUGGUCUUGGACUAGCAGAGCCGGAGGAGGUGUCCACCAUCGAGAUCAACCGCCAUGACUUAGCUAAAGAUUCAGAGUGGCGGUUCGAGGCCGCUGUGGGCAAGUACAUCCAGGUCAAGGUAUUGACUGGAGCGGCCGAGCUCUUUGGCACCGAACUCGUCCCCGGAAACACCUACACCUUCACGGGGAUCAAAGCCGCAAUCUACACCUGGAAUGGCUGUUCUUUCGAAGUCAGCGGUGAUGCCCUGCAGAGCGAGUAUACCGCCGAAGAAACGCCCAUGAGCGAGUAUAUCAACGCCCAUUUUGCGCUUGAGACACUGCGCGAACAAGCCAAAGCCACAGGACGAGAAGGACCUCGCGUUCUGAUUCUAGGACCAGAGGAUGCGGGGAAGAGCACACUCGCAAAGAUCCUCACGGGCUACGCUUCACGAUCAGCCCGGUCGCCAGUCGUGGUCAAUUUAGACGUCAAGGAGGGAGUCAUGAGCAUACCGGGAACGCUGACCGCUACAGUGUUCAAAAGUAUGAUGGACAUUGAAGAAGGAUGGGGAACUGCACCCAUGAGCGGUCCCAAUGGUGCUAUCCCCGUCAAGUUACCUCUGGUCUACUUCUAUGGCAGCUCCAAACCAGAAGAGAAGGAUGGAAAGGUCUACAGGGCUCAGAUCAGCCGGCUAGCGCUCGCCGUUUCUGGUCGAAUCGCUCAGGAUCCUGAAGCGCGGGAGAGUGGUCUCAUCAUCGACACUCCAGGUACUCUCAUUAGCACCAAAGACGGCGGUGUAGGCUAUGGCAUCAUUCAAGACAUUGUGGCCGAAUUUGCCGUGACGGCGAUUGUCUGCCUUGGCUCCGAGAGGCUAUACAGCGACAUGGUUAAGCGCUUUGACGGUCAGCCAACAGCUUCUCGGUCGACGGGCACGACCACAUCACAGGCAACAAUUUCGGUCAUCAAGCUUGCCAAAUCAGGAGGCUGUGUUGAUCGUGACGAGGCAUACAUGCAGGCGUUCCGAGCGGCACAGGUCAAGACAUAUUUCUACGGCAACCCCCGUCUGAGCAACGGCAUCUCCCUACAACCUCGGCAACAGCAGGUGGACUUUUCGACGAUGACUGUCUGGAGGCGGAUAGGCAGCACUCCCGAUCCUACUUCUUCUUCCAUGGGCGGGGCAUAUGAAGACGAAGAAACUUUUCUGCCUGGCGGCGGUAUGGGCGAUGAGACUAUUUCAGAUGGUGGUCCGUCCAAGGUGCCUCUUCCUGCCUCGCAGAUCUAUGAACGAAUAACGGCACCGUAUGCCGCGAUUCGCAGCUCCAUCCUAGCAGUUAUGAACUGUGACCCGGAAGCUGAACAAGAGACCAUCCGGGACAGCAGUGUGAUGGGGUUCUUGUAUGUCACAGAUACCGACGAAGCAAGGGGGCGUAUCAGUCUCCUUAGCCCUGUGGCUGGACGGGUGCCGAACCGUGCCAUUGUCUGGGCAGGCUGGCCGGAGCCGAUACUGGGCAUGGACAGGUCGUGACCUGCGAGAAAAUAGAGAUUCAAAGAUGCCGGAAAGGCAGGCGACAUUUUGAAUAGCAGCAGAUGAUCACAAUAGCUGAGUGACUGAUCAGAUCAAUUCAUGGUACCUAUAACAUGAUCGAUUGUCC